CAACUCGACAUUCUUCUACCACUGCACCUGCUCCCUUCAAUUAAUUUCUCAUACACAAAUACACUUCUACAUACUCCGUUGAUCAUCAUGACUGACCAAGUCACUCCUUCCAAGGCUGUAAGUAGCUCCUUGCCACAGAAUCCCUUUGUCCUUUGUCUCGCCGACCGAGUCGCGUCUGUUCACGAUCCUAACAUACAAUUACGUAGACUGCAUCUGCCAUUGAGAACCUCAAGAUGUCUUCGCCCGUCAAGAAGCUUGAUUUUGGCUCUGCCGACAAGGAGAACGCCCCUAUUUCUGAUCUCAACGCGUCUACCAUUGAACAAUCAGUUGUCGAGUCCCCCGCACUAUCAUAUACAUCUGCCGCCUGCAAGGAGAUCCAAGAUCUCAAGGCAUUGCUUGCACAAAGCCAGGCAAAGAUUGAGCAACUCUCUCAAAAGAAGGCAGAUGAGCUAGCUCUUGUUGUCCCCACCAUCAAGCCAGAGGAGGCAGAUGAGCCGCUUCUCCAAGAGAACCCAAACCGAUUUGUGAUCUUCCCAAUCAAGUACCAUGAGGUAAGUCGCGUUCAACUACCUCCGGACGCGUAGAGUGGUUUCUAACAUCCCCCGUUUAGAUCUGGCAAAUGUACAAGAAGGCUGAGGCUUCGUUCUGGACUGCUGAGGAGAUUGAUCUAUCCAAGGAUCUCAAUGACUGGAACAACAAGCUUAACGAUGACGAGCGUUACUUCAUCUCCCACGUCCUCGCUUUCUUCGCUGCUUCUGACGGAAUUGUCAAUGAGAACCUCCUUGAGCGCUUCAGCAAUGAAGUUCAAGUUCCUGAGGCCCGAUUCUUCUAUGGUUUCCAGAUCAUGAUGGAGAACAUUCACUCUGAGACCUACUCCCUCCUUAUUGAUACCUACAUUAUGGAACAGGCACAAAAGACCUACCUCUUCAAUGCUAUUGAAACCAGUAAGUUUUACUAUCUUGCAUUCUGUAUGCCUACAAACUAACGCGUCACUAGUUCCUUGCAUCAAGAAGAAGGCCGACUGGGCUGUUCGUUGGAUCCAGGACAAGGAGUCUACCUUUGCUCAACGUCUUGUUGCCUUUGCUGCUGUUGAGGGUAUCUUCUUUAGUGGUUCUUUCGCAUCCAUAUUUUGGUUGAAGAAGCGUGGUCUUAUGGCUGGUCUUACUUUCUCCAACGAGUUGAUCUCUCGUGAUGAGGGUCUCCACACCGAUUUUGCAUGCCUCCUCUUCUCCCAUCUCAAGCACCGCCCAAGCAAGGCUGCUGUCCAAGCUGUCAUCACCGAGGCUGUUGAGAUUGAGCAAGAGUUCUUGACUGAGGCUCUUCCAUGUGCUCUCCUUGGUAUGAACGCUGGCUUGAUGAAGCAAUACAUCGAGUUCGUUGCUGAUCGCCUUCUCCUCUCACUCGGCAAUGAGAAGGUCUACAAGGUUGCCAACCCAUUUGACUUCAUGGAGAAUAUCUCUCUGGCCGGAAAGACCAACUUCUUCGAGAAGCGUGUUGCUGAUUACCAAAAGGCCGGUGUCAUGGCUGGUACUCAGAAGAAGCACGAGGACACUGAUGCACAAACCGAGGCCAAGGCCGAGAAUGGAGGUAACUUCAACUUUGAUGAAGACUUCUAGAUGGCUUUGGUUCUUGCUUUCUGCUCUAUGAUUUGUUUGUUUAUUGGCGUUCUGGACUACCCAUUUGUGGAUUGCUGCAUAGCACAUUUCUCUUCUCAUACAAAGUCGUUGCAUGGAUGGCUGGGUUCGCCGGAUGUAAACGUAUUGGCAUUUUAUUGUACAACAAAAAUUCUUUUUCGGAGUGCUGGCGUUGGGAGUGGAAUACUCUCUGGGGUUGGGAUGGCAUGAGUGAUGGGAUAGGAUAAUGAAUACCAAGUAGUUAGGAAGAGCAGAGAUGAGAAUGAAAUAUUAAUAUGAAUACAAUCUUGACUUGAG